AUGGAAGGCGGUAUUAACAAAUGGGCUGAACUUUUAAACGCCUCCGAGUAUACCCUACCCCGUCUAACGAAACCAUUGCGGCCAUUUUGGAUUAGUCCGGACUCUUCGAAUCCUCGGCCGCCCGCCAUCGAUGACUCGACACCUUUUUAUGCAAUAGUCUGUUUGUCCGCGUCACAACGCGUUCAAGAUGGUGUGGAUCGUCGACUUGGGUUCACCUACGUACAAGGGUCGGGCGAUGAUCAUGAGAUGUGGAGCAAGGGACUAACGCCUGACUUAUUUUGGCGUCACAAAUCUAGGCUCUUGGCUUGCGGUCAGGACGAUUUGGAAGACCAAAUUAUCCAAAUAUUAGAGGACCCUCAAAACUCGGAAGGAGUCGCUUCACUCAGUCCUAUCAAAUCGGUUCAUGGUCGUAUACUGGUUGGGACCAGAGCGGCUAACCAUCCGAUUUAUUUGGACGAGCUGGAUACAUGCGCAAGCAUCGUGCUAACAUCAGAUUCGCAACGGCUAGAAAACAGCACUCCAACAACACUCUACGUCCAAGAUUUUUAUCCAAAACAACACCCGACAGAAUUUCUUACCCAUACUCUCCCAAUCUCACUUGAAUUCAUUCGAACUCAUCUACAGUUACCAGAGUCACGCGUCUGCAUACUAUGCAAGGAUGCGAAAGAUUUAUCCGUAGGGAUCGCCACGGCUGCCAUCGCGUUGUACUUCAAUGAGACUGGGGAUUUCGUUGGAGACAACAAUCACUCGGUAACCAAGGACAUGGCUAAACGACGACUUCAGCGGGUGUUGAGCUCAUGCCCCCGCGCGAACCCAUCCAGAGCCACCCUGAAGCGGGUGAACGAGUAUCUCAUGUCCCCACGCAGACCGAGUUUGUUAGGGAAGCCUGCAGUCGUGUCGCUAAAGCAACGACCUUAG